AUGUUAUUGCGACGGCCUUGGAUGCUGCCCGGCAACAUUUGUUGUGCUUUGGUGUCACUUUUUCCGAAAAUAGUGUGCACGGUCUUGUCGGUAUGGACCUUAUAUGUCUUGGAACUCGAUAUCGUCUACUAUGACUACAUUUUGACUAGACACAAGACAAUACUCGGACUCUUUUUGGGCCUUAUAGCGGCUAUUCUUUGUGGAAUGUGUUUGUACUUGUACUACAUGGUAGUAUUAUCAGGUGGUGGCUCACCGCUCGACUUUGAGGAGCUCAGAAUUGAUGAUAUAUCUUCUUUGAAGCGUCCAUCUUAUCGACCAGAAAACCCGUAUUCAGAACAAGAUGACUUGCGGGGUACUACAGCGGACUCUGAAUACAACCGGAAUAUGGUCGUACCUCCUGAAUUUCUCAAAGUCCACACAUUCAAUACUGGACUGAAUCCACCAGGUUUGAGCGUUUCUGGAAACUCUCCAACCGCCUACCGUUAUUGUGUCAAGUGUAGUGUGUGGAAACCUGAUAGAUGCCACCAUUGCUCUUCUUGCAAUCGGUGUGUGCUUCGUAUGGAUCACCAUUGUCCGUGGUUUGCAACAUGUAUUGGAUAUUACAACCAGAAGUACUUCAUUCAGCUGAUCAUAUACGUCACAGUGUAUGCUUCAUUUCUUAGUGCUGUGUCACUCUCGGUGUUGUGGAAGUUCUUUGUUGACGAAAAGUAUAGCGAGGGGUAUCUAAGCCUCAAUCUUGUGUUUUUAUUCGUCGUGAGUACUGCAAUCGCCAUAGCCAUUGGUAUCUUCAUGCUGAUUCUGGUAUACUUUGUAUUUAAAAACCGAACUACAAUCGAGUUCCAGGAGUCUCGAUGGAAUAGAACCAACGAAGGACCGUCUGGGGGAUUUCAGUACGAAUUCGACUCUAGCGGUAAGCAGAAGAAACUCGAUAAUAUCUUCGACUUGGGCACGAUGAACAAUUGGAAGGCAGUUAUGGGGCCAUCAUGGUUUACCUGGAUACUCCCAGUCUCUGUCACCGACAGAUACUCCGAAGACCACAAUGGACUCAAUUUCCCCAUUAACGAGGAGGCAUACGAAAAAUGGUACAAUAAUGCCCAACUUCAGUAUCGCUUAAACCAGCAAUUGGCGGAAUACAAGAGAAAAGUACAAAGGGAACGAGAACAGGAACGAUAG